CAUUCUGCGGUACACAAAGUAAAUUGCAAUUAGGAACUAAUUAAUGUGAUGUCUCAGUUGGAACUAUCAAACAUCUUUAUGCAAAAUGCGGAUGAAGGGCAUAACGCUGUCGGCAAUACUGGAGCAAGGUGCCACACGACGGCGCAAAUCACCUCCUAAAGAAGAAUGUCCCAAAAAGCAAAAACGUGACUGUUGGCGGAAGAUAGCAGCAGUAUUGAACAAAUGCGAAAGCAAACGAACGCACGAUGAGGUAAGACUGUUGGAAAGCCAACCGGAGGUAGUAAAACAGAUCCUCGAACGCCGCAAACGCAAUGUGGAGUACAAGGAACGUGUGCUAGAGACGGAAGACGAACCAGAAGUAAUCGAACGGAAAGCCUUAAGGCUGGCACAAGCCAUUGCUAAAGCAAACCAUCUGAUCGUCUAUACCGGGGCUGGUAUAAGUACAUCCGCCAAAAUACCGGAUUACCGCGGAAGUCAAGGAAUAUGGACACUGCUAGAACAAGGCAAAGACAUUGGCGAGUACGACCUUUCGCUAGCAGACCCUACCUUCACGCAUAUGGCACUUUUCGAGCUACAUCGAAGGGGCAUUCUGAAGCACGUCCUUUCGCAGAACUGUGACGGACUCCAUUUGCGUUCCGGAUUGCCCCGAUUCUCGCUCUCGGAGGUGCACGGUAAUAUGUACGUAGAGGUGUGCAAGCAAUGCAAACCGAAUUCCGAAUAUUGGAGGCUUUUCGACACCACCCAGUUCACCGCACGGCAUUAUCACAAAACUAAUCGCAGAUGUCGUCGGUGCGGUGGACCACUUAUCGACACAAUCGUGCAUUUCGGGGAACGGGGUCAGCUAAAAUGGCCUCUCAAUUGGGAUGGCGUUACGCCCCAUACAGAGAAGACUGAUUUAAUCCUGUGCAUUGGAUCGAGCCUGAAGGUGCUUCGGAAAUAUACGUGGCUAUGGGCAACGGAUCGUCCGAUAAAAAAGCGGCCAAAGAUCUUUAUCAUAAACCUCCAGUGGACGCCCAAGGAUAAGGUGUCGACGCUGAAAAUAAAUGGCAAAUGCGACGAAGUGAUGAAGCUGGUGAUGAAGCACCUCAACAUCGAUGUGCCGCUGUAUAAUCGGAUAAAGGAUCCAAUUUUUGCUCACGCAACAUUGCUGCUGACCGACGAACAGCACACUGCGUCGCAGCCAAUGUUGAAGAAAAUUACUGCCGCCAAAGAGGAAUCGUCGGAAGAAUCAAUCAACAACGAACAAGAGAAGCAACUCAAAACGGAACCGAACGCGUCUACUAGUACGACCGUAUCACCCCAGCAAAUAUAUUUAAACAAUCUGAUUCUCGCACAACAACAGCAAAUUAACAACAAUUACAACAUUCUUCUAAACUCGGCAGGACGUUCGGAAGCGCGUGGUUCUCUAUUGCCCUGCAAUUUGCCACCCCUAGUGCCCUGUACAAUUUCCGCAAGUGGCAGUGGCCAAAUGAAACCCGAACCGAAUGAUCCUUCACCCUGUAGCGAACAAAAACCGUUAGCGUCUCCUCCUUUGAACGUUAUAAAGAUCGACACAGCAUCGAAUCUGUUCGGUAGUCUGCGACAAGUUCUGAACACCAUCAAUCCUGGGACUAACUCUGCUUCCCUAGACAGUAAACCCUUUUCAGUCGAUGAUGAACAACAAUCCAGUUCUCAAAAAGCGACGGAAAAGCUUUUACCACUUCCGGUUCCGUUAUUGCUACAUCCAGGGAUGGCCGUAGUCCAGCAAUCAUUCAUGGCGACCAGCAGUACAACGGACAAGAGUAAAUCAAAUGCGGACGGUCAGCAGAAAUCGCCAAUGUGUAAUAAAAUACAGCUUAUCGUGAAGCCAGUGGUUGUAAGCAAUCCACCGAGCUUAGUACCGCUAAAUACACACCGCUCGGAAGAGGCACACCAAUCUACGAAUGGUAUUCAAGGAACAACCGGUGCAUUACAUAGUGCAGUGAAAGAGGAACCUUUCUAUAAAGCUUUACCAGAGAGUAAAACUGUGCCAAAAGUACUAUUGCAGGAUAGAGUUGCUGGUGGAACGAUAAAGUGUGAAACAAAUUGUAAUGAAACGAUCGAAAGCAAGGAGCUAAAAACAGAAGAAGCCGAAAACGGAAGUCAAAUCAAGCAAGAUCCGCCAAAACAUGCUGCAGAAACGGUAACUGAUGAAGCGGAAAUGGACACAGAAAAGGAACCCUGUCUGAUGCAUCCAACGCUCGUAGUAGAGAAAGAAUCAGAGAAGACAUUGAGCGUCCCACCAAGGAAGGAAUAUAAAAUAGAUAUAACCACAGAUGUGAUAGAAUGCAUUUCCGUUCAUUCAUCAUCAUCCGAGGACGGUGGCGAUCAAAGAGAGAUCGAUUUUGAAACAGACAUCACAUGGUUUAGCGUUGGCAAUGCGAAGCUUGAUCCUAAAAUGGAGACAAAACAAGCAACGGAUAAGCAAAGCAUCGAACAGCCUGCCGGGCAAGCAGAAGAAGAUAUGGAAAAUGCCACCGUGGACAAAACGGUAGAACAUGUACAAGAAACCAACGUGGAGCAAGUGAAAAAAGAAGGUAACGAAAUUCGAAGCGGUUAUAUUACGAAGUCAAUUUUCGAUGCACCUUCAAGUGUUUGUGAAGAUGUUGUGCAAGAUCCAGUGCAAAGUAUCAAAGAUUCUUCAGAUCAAAGAGAUGAAAGUGUAGAAACAAAAGAAUCCAAUAAUGAACCUGAAGUUGAUCAUUUUGAGACUAUUCCAGAAGCAUGUCCUCAACCAUGUAUCCCGACCGAAUUAUUGAAUGAGACAAGCAAGGGAGCGAAUCCAGCAACAGAAAGUAUAAAAACCAGUAUAGAAGCCGAAACCACGAACAAAGAUUUGACAAAUGAAUUAUUUAGCGAAUCAUCAGAAAAGCAAACAAUCAGCGAACUAAAAGAAAUCUCUUCAGAUGAAACUGUAAAUGGCAAUUGGGAUCAAAACGAUACUGAUAGCGGUGAGCAGUCCAUCCCAUGCAAUAUACAAAUGAUGGAGAAUCGUAUGAGACAUGAAGAGCCAGUGGAUGUAAUAGAAAGUACACCAGCAGCUGACAAUGCGCUCACUGCGGAAACCAAACUUAACUCCAGCUGGGAAGCCACAAAAGAAGAAUCAACGAGCGAAAUAACAGAAGUUGUCUGCAACGAAGAUCGAUCGGAUAAUGAAACAAAAACGUCUGUUUCUGAUCUGCAAGUCUCUACGCAUGAAACCGAGACUAUAACUGUAGGAAAAGCUACAGACGAAAUCCGAGAGAUAACGAUUGAUUUGGGAAGCGAAGAAUCAUGGCGCAAGUAUGAUGCGUGUGAUGAUGAUCAUCAAUAUUCUAUCAACGAUUUACUCGAAUCGGAACAGUGGGAAAGUGUCGAUAAAACAGUCAAUGAUGGAAAUGGAAAUUUCAAUGUCCCUCUAGUGGAUGUGGUUGAUAAAAAUGAGGAUAUCGCUCAGGAUGGUUCUUCGGUGGACCAUGAUAAACCUCCCAUUAUCACUAUAACGCAAACGAAUGGAAGUGUUGAAGUUAAUAAGAUCUCAAAAGGUACGCUGCGAUCGGAAGAUUUAUCCCCGAUGGAUCGUUCUGACCAUGCGGAAGGGAAGAUUCCUCCGGAGAGUGAUGUAUCCACGGCGGCUGGUGACAGUUUAAUGCUUAAAGAUAAGCCUUUGCCAUCUUCUUUGUAUGAGAAAUUGGAAGAUGUCCUCCAUGAACCAAAUAAUGAAGCCCCAAACGCAACCAGUGCCGAGGGAUUCCAGAGCGAAAUUUCCUCCAAUUCUGACGUUGAUAGCCUCACAAAAGAUAUCAUAAGUGAUGUAACAUUCUCGAUGGUCAGCAACGAUAAGGCAUGUUCCUUGGCGGACCGUAAACGGGAAGAAAAGAUUCAGCCAGAUUGUGAGAUGACGGCACCCUCAAGCAUGCAGAAGAAUCAGAAGAAUGCAAAAUUCUCAGAAGAAGAAAUACCUUUACAGUGUCCCAACACUGAAACAGGCGUAGAGGCCAUAGAGCAUAAGGAAAGCGUUACCACCAAACCUACCGAAUAUUGUUUGGAUGACCAGUUACAGAUAGUAUUGAAAAAUGCAGACCAAAAGGAACGUUUUAGCUCGAUCGACUUUAAUUCGAUUGCUCAACAGUCGACAGAAAACGGCCCUGAAAUCAAGCAAAAUGUUCAGCAAUGUAUAGAUGGCAAGAAAUCUUCCCUACCCAUCAGGUCGACACAUAAUCAGAACAUGGUUAAAGUUGUGCUAAGCAAUAGUGCCCUGUUCGAGCUGUAUGAAGCUGCCCCAAGGUUCAACGAAAAUUUUCCACCAGCAUUAAAAUUGUUAGCUCCGGUCAAAUAUCAGCUUCCCUCGCAUAUGGUUGCAAAAAUGGCCAAACCUACCAGCAGUCAGCAGCCGACAGAAAAUGUAACUAAAAACGAAAAGACUGAUGAGGGUACAACCAACCAUGAGCAGCAAGAUACAUUACUACCAUCCCAAGCUUUGUCGCGAUUUCAAACACUCGAUCUUGCUACGACGACACCGACAAGCUCGCCUGCACCAUCCUGCAAAACGAUACAAAUGCCAUCCGCAAUUCUACUCACACCGCCGGUGCAUUGCAUCAAUAGUGCAGUAAAGUUAGCACCCGCAAAUACUAUCCCAUCGUCGGUGACUCCUUCAUUCAUUCCACUGCAAGGAGCCGGUCUGCCAGCGAACGCCAGUGUGGCGGCCUAUAUGCUCAAAAACAAUACCUUCAUGAGCACGCAAACGAGGCUGCCGAAUCUGUUUGGCGGUUUUCCUACUGGGUUGGGUACAAAUUUUCUUCUGCUCACCAGUCCUCCGAAGGCUCAAGUAACUCCAAUCAGUGGUAGUAGUAGUAGUAGUAGUGGCCCAACGGUAGUUACCUCACCGACGGUCACAACUACUCCAACGACACCGGCAAAACCCUUUCGGCUCGAGUCGGAUGAACAGACGGACGAAGAGGAUGGGAUGAGUUUGAAAAAACGACGCUCCAAGCGUCUCGAAUCGGCCCGCCUGCAUAAGCAGCUAGUAACGCCGGAAAAAACUGACUCCGAUACGGACACCACGAUCGAUCAAUCGCCUCAGCAAGCGCGGCGAAGAAGCAAUCGCUCCAGUCGAUCACUAGACGGAGCGAAUGAAAGCGAUGAGCUGGGGGAUAGUAGCAGCUACGGUGCGGGACGAUCGCGAAGCUUUCGGAUACGCCGCAAGCCGGAGUUUUUGAACAUUAAACAUCCGGAGAAGAAAAAGAAACGUUCGAAUGAAGAAUCGCCAGAUGCUUCCACAUGUUCGAAGCCUUCGACUAGUGGCUGUCAGGGGAAGAAACCAAAUAAUGGGGAGCAUGUGACGACGAUCAGUGCAACGGCUACAACGCCGACGACGACAGCCGCAAACCGAUUAUUUGCAAUUUCUGCUCCCGUUGCUUACUUUCCUGGAUCAUUCGUUUCAACGCUGGGAACCACCUCAAGCACAAUAAUUUCGCAACAGGAAAAGUACAAACACAUCCUCACGUACUACAAGACCGCGAUCCAACAGCAGCAACAGUCCAGCAGCACACCGAACGCCCUACCCCAAUGGUACGACGUAAACUACGCCUAUUCCGGACUGCACAGCAUCAUCCAUCCACCGCCACCGGACGUCAAUCUGUGGGGUGGUUUACCCAUCAAACUAGAACCACAUCCGCCACCACCGCCCCAACAACCCCCAGAAAUCGAAUGUAAAUUUUGCUUUGAAAACUAUUCCCAGUACAGCUGUCAGUUUUAUCCUCCCCAGCCGGCGGAUUUCGCCGUCAAAUCGUUACGCCGUGGCCGGGUGGUCGUGUGCGAAUGUUGCGAUUUUUCCGACGGUGAAAAUGAGAAAACUCUACCGGAACUUGCAACAGUGGUAGAAGAAAAUGGUGCUCUGGCCUCAACGUCGAAGGCAAGCGGUAGUGGUGAAAUGAAUUCUUCCUACGAUAAUGUAGCAAAUGAAUCGCAGGAACAAAAGCGACGCCCAUUGACAGAGGAGGAACAAUCCAAGGAUAUGGAGAACAUGCGAGUGUCCAAAAGGCCCAAAUGUGAGACAAGUGUUAUUGCCACCGAUGGAUCCUGUUCCGGUCUUAGUAACACGACGAACGGAACUAAUGGCGCUACACACAAACCGAAGGUGAAACCGGGCUGGUACGGAAAAGGCUAUCGGAAGCAUCUACGGCGUAAAAAGCGCACGAGUCUAGGAUAA